UCACAUCGUGACUGAAUGCAGGACGGGAGCAAGGCUCAGAGUUUGUUUUUUUCACAGAACACGACUUUACUUCGCAUCUUAACAGUUCCACCACUCUGCAGCUCCGCUUUCACAGCGCGCCCCCUGGUGGUCGCCCCUUGUUCAGUCGCUCCUGGCUCCUUGGUGAAUCUGGUGGAUUUUUUUCCCUCCCAGGUUUUGGACUGGAUAGAAAACCACGGCGAGGCCUUCCUCAGCAAACACACGGGCGUGGGAAAGUCCCUCCACCGAGCCCGAGCGCUGCAGAAACGCCACGAGGACUUCGAGGAAGUGGCUCAGAACACUUACACCAAUGCGGAUAAGCUCUUGGAGGCGGCCGAGCAGCUGGCCCAGACGGGAGAGUGCGACCCGGAGGAGAUCUACCAGGCCGCCCACCAGCUUGAAGACAGGAUCCAAGACUUUGUCCGCCGCGUGGAGCAGCGCAAAGUCUUGCUGGACAUGUCUGUCGCCUUCCACACGCACGUCAAAGAGCUGUGGACGUGGCUGGAGGAACUGCAGAAGGAGCUGCUGGACGACGUCUACGCCGAGUCCGUGGAGGCCGUCCAGGAUCUGAUCAAGCGCUUCGGCCAGCAGCAGCAGACCACGCUGCAGGUCACCGUCAACGUCAUCAAGGAGGGCGAGGACCUCAUCCAGCAGCUCAGGGACUCUGCCAUCUCCAGCAACAAGACGCCCCACAACAGCUCCAUCAACCACAUCGAGAGCGUCCUCCAGCAGCUGGACGAGGCCCAGGCUCAGAUGGAGGAGCUCUUCCAGGAGAGGAAGAUCAAGCUGGAUCUCUUCCUCCAGCUGCGCAUCUUCGAGAGAGACGCCAUUGAUAUCAUCUCAGACUUGGAGUCGUGGAACGAGGAGCUGACGGGUCAGAAGAGCGACUUUGACACGGAGGACUUGACGCUGGCUGAGCAGCGGCUCCAGCACCACGCCGACAAGGCCCUGACCAUGAACAACCUGACGUUUGACGUCAUCCACCAGGGGCAGGAGCUGCUGCAAUACGUCAACGAAGUCCAGGCGUCAGGCGUGGAGUUACUGUGCGAUCGCGACGUGGACAUGGCCACGCGGGUUCAGGACUUGCUGGAGUUCCUCCAUGAGAAGCAGCGGGAGCUGGACCUGGCAGCAGAGCAGCACCGCCGGCACCUGGAGCAGUGCGUCCAGCUGAGGCACCUGCAGGCUGAAGUCAAGCAGGUUCUGGGCUGGAUCCGAAACGGUGAAUCGAUGCUUAACGCCGGUCUAAUCACGGCCAGCUCCCUGCAGGAGGCGGAGCAACUGCAGCGGGAACACGAACAGUUCCAGCACGCCAUUGAGAAGACCCACCAGAGCGCCCUGCAGGUCCAGCAGAAGGCGGAGGCUCUGCUGCAGGCCAACCACUACGACAUGGACCUGAUCAGAGACUGUGCAGAGAACGUGGCUUCCCACUGGCAGCAGCUCAUGCUGAAGAUGGAGGACCGACUGAAGCUGGUCAACGCCUCCGUGGCUUUCUACAAAACGUCUGAACAGGUGUGCAGCGUGCUGGAGAGCCUGGAGCAGGAGUACAAGAGGGAGGAGGACUGGUGCGGAGGAGCUGACAAGCUGGGACCCAACUGUGAGACAGACCAUGUGACCCCCAUGAUCAGCAAGCACCUGGAACAGAAGGAGGCGUUCCUCAAGGCUUGCACUCUGGCCAGAAGAAACGCGGACGUCUUCCUGAAGUACAUGCACAGAAACAGCGUCAACAUGCCGGGGAUGCUGAGCCACGUCAAGGCGCCGGAACAACAGGUUAAAAACAUCCUGAACGAGCUGCUGCAGCGAGAAAACAGAGUCCUGCAUUUCUGGACCAUGAGGAAGCGGCGGCUGGACCAGUGUCAGCAGUACGUGGUGUUUGAACGCAGCGCCAAGCAGGCUUUGGAGUGGAUUCAUGACACCGGGGAGUUUUACCUGUCUACACACACAUCCACCGGCUCCAGCAUCCAUCACACGCAGGAACUCCUGAAGGAGCACGAGGACUUCCACAUCACAGCCAGGCAAACCAAGGAGCGCGUGAAGCUGCUAAUCCAGCUGGCCGACGGAUUCUGCGAGAAAGGCCACAGCCACGCGGCGGAGAUUAAGAAGUGGGUGACGGCCGUGGACAAACGCUACAGAGAUUUCUCCCUGCGCAUGGACAAGUACCGCAGCAGCCUGGAGAAAGCCCUGGGCAUCCCGUCAGACUCCAACAAGGCGAGCAAGGACCUUCAGCUGGACAUCAUCCCAGCCACUCCUCCGGGGUCAGAGAUCAAACUCAGGGACGCCGCCGCGCACGAGCCGAACGAGGAGAAACGCAAGUCGACGCGCAGGAAGGAGUUCAUCAUGGCCGAGCUGAUUCAGACGGAGAAAACGUAUGUGCGAGACCUGCGGGAAUGCAUGGACACGUACCUGUGGGAGAUGACCAGCGGCGUGGAGGAGAUUCCCCCAGGAAUCAUCAACAAGGAGCACAUCAUUUUUGGGAACAUGCAGGACCUCUACGAAUUCCACCAUAACAUCUUUCUCAAAGAGUUGGAGAAGUAUGAGCAGCUUCCAGAAGAUGUUGGCCACUGCUUUGUCACUUGGGCCGACAAGUUCCAGAUGUACGUGAACUACUGCAAGAACAAACCCGACUCCACGCAGCUCAUAUUGGAGCAUGCUGGGAACUACUUUGACGAAAUCCAGCAACGGCACCGGCUGGCCAACUCCAUCUCCUCCUAUCUGAUCAAGCCGGUGCAGAGAAUCACCAAGUAUCAGCUUCUGCUGAAGGAGCUCCUGACGUGUUGCGAAGAAGGGAAAGGAGAGAUUAAAGACGGCCUGGAGGUGAUGCUCAACGUUCCCAAGAAGGCAAAUGAUGCCAUGCAUCUUUCCAUGCUGGAAGGAUUCGAUGAGAACAUAGAGUCUCAGGGCGAGCUCAUCCUCCAGGACUCCUUCCAGGUCUGGGAUCCCAAGACUUUGAUCCGUAAAGGCCGAGAGCGCCACCUCUUCCUCUUCGAGAUGUCUCUGGUGUUCAGCAAGGAGGUUAAGGAUUCCAACGGCAGGAGCAAAUACAUCUACAAGAGCAAGCUGUUUGUAAGUACAGGAGGACGGAUCCACACAGAGCUUUCAGCUUUUGUUCCUCCAUCUCUGCU